AUGUCCAUUUUGCUAUUCGGAUAUGACGCCGUCCUCCAUCUGCAGCUAGUCGUUGGCUUCCUCGCACCGCACUCGCUCUCCUAUUUACAGACAUUCUCUACCCUACAGCAUGCUGACGACUUCUUCCUGUUCGGCAAUGCUUCCCGCCAACAGAUUGUGAGAACUUGGCUCAUCCUUCGGGUUUUUGAGCUAAUCUUAGGUCUUUCUAUCAAUUCCGCCAAGUGUCAUCUUUCCUUUCUUCAUGCGGAUCUGGCCACGGUCCUUUUCGCGGAAGCUUGUUUUGGGUGUAAGGCUGCUGGCCUGCCCAUGGACUACCUGAGGCUUCAGAUUACGUUGUCACCUCUUGCAUCCUCCUUUUGGAAUAGUAUGGAGCAGAAGUUUACUGAUCGCCUUCAGUGUUGGCAGGGAAAACUGCUUUCUCUCCCAGGCCGUAUUACUGUGGCUAAGCACUGUCUAGCGUCUGUCCCCCUCCAUGUUUUGGCCGUCUUUUGGCCUCCUGUGGCGGUUUUGAGUAAGUUUGAUAAGCUUAUUCGUAAGUUCAUCUGGAAUGGUGAUCGGCCUUCGGAUCGCCUUGUGCUUUAG